AAUGUGAAUUAGUUAUAUUGUAGAGUAACAGAACAAAGCACACUAUUUAAUUGAAGAACCAAAUGAACAUGAUAAAUAUUUGUUUAAUAUUUGGACUGUCGCUAUUGCUUUUAUCAGCGGAGGGAAAGGACAAAAAUGCCGAAUUACUGUACGAGGCAAAGAUUUUGAACAAUAUCAUCCGCAUGGAAUUAAAAAUGGAGGUGAUGGCAAAAGAGUUGAAGAAGACAAUGGCAAAAGUGAAAACGUUCACCGAAUAUCAGAAGAAGAUAUAUGAAAAUAGAACGGCCACAUUGCACGUAUUGAAAGGACGACAAAACAAUACAGUUAUUGCCUUUAGCGCUUAUAGUCCUGUUGAUAUAAGCCCAGCAACAAACCAGAUAAUUGUGUGGCAACACACUCGUCUAAAUGAGGGUAAUGCAUACAACAACACCCUGGGUACAUUCAAAGCACCUGUUUCUGGUUUGUACUAUUUCGCCGUGCAUGCCUGUCACUACAGUAGUCAAACAUUGUAUUAUGCUAUCACGUUAGAUGGAUUCAACAUUGCUUCGACAUACAAAUAUGAUCAGAAGAAUCAAGAUUGCGACUCGAUCAGCACUGUCACAAUGAUGAGGGCAGAACAAAGAGUUUGGGUUAGAUGUACAAGUGGAAGCUCGGCUAAUCAACUCUGGGAAAGCACUGGUAGAAGCUCAUUCAUGGGUGUUCUUUUACAUUUAUAACUGUUUCGUCUGCAAGCCUGUCAUUAGAUAUUCCUAUUCAAUUUUCAUAUUCUGAUUAACAAAUGUAUUACAUUGUACCUGCAUAUUGUAUGUACAAGUACUUAAUAUUCUUUUGCGGUGAUACACAAUAAAUGUAUUUGUAUUUUUUUA